GACACACAAGAUUACAUUUCUUCUCUCUUUAAAUCUCGGAGUUUCAAAAGCUGUACGGACAUUACUAAUUGAGUGCAAAUUGUGGCUAAAUUACACAACUUUCUUAAAAAAGGUGGGAAAUUUCGGAUACCCAGUUGGGGAUUUGAAUCAAAAUGAUGUUUCUUGAUCAUUUUGUUGCAGAAAGUUUCAAUCUUUGCUGAGUUUCUUGAUUUUUUCAGAGAUUAAAUCAACAAUGUGAGGUGAGUUGUUGAUAUAUUUCAUAUGGGUAUUAUAUGAUUUUGAUAUAUAUGUAUCUUUAUAUCUAUAUAUUAUGACGACGGGGGCUCAUGUUUCUGAAACAAUAUUAAGAAAUCAAACAACAAGAAGAUCACCAUUAGUACCUUCUGAAAAAGAUAAUGACUUUAUAACCCCUAAGAAUUCAAUUAGGCCUAAAACCAAACAAGUUUCAUCUAGAUAUUUAUCCCCUUCACAUUCACCUUCAACUUCAAAUGGUGUAACUACAAAUAUUAGGAGGUCUAAUUCACCUUUAGUUUCGAGAAAUUCGGUCACUCCGGUGUCGAAAAGGUCGGUUUCGGCUGACAGAAGCCGAAACCGACCCGUUAGACCGGAUCUUAGCUUAAAGCCUAACAAUGCUGUAGAAGUGUCAGCUGCUAGUAAACUUUUGGUUACAUCAACAAGAAGUUUAUCUGUGUCAUUUCAAGGUGAAAGCUUUUCUUUACCAAUUAGUAAGACUAAAGUGACCCCACAAUCACCUAAUAAUAAUAAUAAUAAUUUAUUAAGAAAAGGUGGUACACCUGAAAGAAAAAGAACCACCACCCCUUUGAGAGGGAAGGUUGAUGGUAGUUUAGGUGAUCAUGUUGAGAAUGCUAAGCCGGCUGAUCAACUUCGGUGGCCCGGUAGGAUUCGUCAAGCAAAUGUUACGGUUUUGUCUAAAGGUUUGAAUUUGGAUUGUGGGGUUGGAGUUGGGGUUGAAAAGAACAGGAUAAAUUGUUCUGGGAAUGUGAUCAGGGACUUAAAGUUGCACCAAUCUAUGGGUUCGGAUAGUAGAAGGGCAUCGAUUGAUGGUGGUGGAUUGAAUCUUGAUUUGUGUAAUUCUAUUGAAGAGAACCCGGAUGGGAAUUCAGUUAAAGAUAUGUAUUCGGAUACUGAUAGUGUAUCUUCCGGUAGCACUUCAGGAGUUCAAGAAAAUGGGUUAAGUCGUCCACGAAUUGGGUCUAAAGGGAUAAUUGUUUCUCCAAAGUUUUGGCAAGAAACUAAUAGUAGAUUGAGGAGGCUGCAGGAUUCAAGCUCUCCACUUUCGAGCAGUCCGGUAUCAAAACUAUAUACCCCACAAAAACAUUUUAGUCCAAGAAGAUUCUCGAGUGAUAACCCGUCAAGAACAACUGGUUCUUCCCCAGGUAGAAUUAGACCAUCAUCACCAAGUAAAUUUAUGACAUCGCCAUCACCAUCCAGGGGAAUGACUAGUCCUCGCAGGAAUUCAGUUUGUGGAAUUAGUUCUAAUUUUAGUGAGACACCAUCAGUACUUAGUUUUGCUGUUGAUGUUCGAAGAGGAAAAGUGGGCGAGAAUCGGUUUUUUGAUGCACAUAUGUUGAGGCUUUUAUAUAACCAUCAGUUGCAGUGGCGGUUUGUAAAUGCUAGAACUGAAGAAAUGGUAUUGAAGCAGAGACAUAGUGUUGAGGAAAAUUUAUGGAAUUCAUGGAUUACAAUAUCAGAUCUUCGCGACUCUCUGACCAAAAAACGACACAGGUUGCAAUUGUUGAGGCAAAAAUUGAAAUUAGCAUCCAUUCUUAAGGCACAAGUAAAUUUUCUUGAAGAUUGGGCUUAUUUUGAUAAAGACCAUUCAGUAUCAUUGCUUGGAGCCAUUGAAGCUCUGAAGGCCAGCACUCUUCGUCUUCCUGUUGGUGAAGGAGCAACUGCUGACCUCCAAAGUAUGAAAGAGGCCAUAAGUUCAGCACUCGAUGUGAUGCAGGCAAUAGGUUCAUCGAUGAACUCGCUUUGUUUACAGGUCGAACAAGCGAAUCUGAUCAUGACCGAGCUUGUAAAAGUGUCUGCCAAAGAGAUAGCAUUGCUUAGAAUUUGCAAAGAUUUCUUGUCUGUUUUAUCAGCUCUUAAGGUAAAGGACUGUACUUUGAGAACACAUAUGUUACAGACGAGCCGUGUGCACUGAUGCAAUUCUACCAACCGCUGCCCCUGUUAAAAAAUCGCUAACGUUACAUUAAACUUAUCAACAACAUAAAGGCUUUUUUCCCCCCCGAAGGUGAUAACCAUGGACUAAGUAGUUGUUUAUUUGCUUCUUCUCUUUGUGGCUUCCGGGGUUUUCUUCCUUUGGCAGCUGGGGGUAGAAACAUAGUAGAUUUUUGGAUCGAAAUCUUCCAAAGUUGAAAUCAACUUUAUAGGUAACGUUGUGAGAUCUUGACCCUUGGAUUAAAAUCUAGAAUUAAGAUUCAAAGAUGGUUUUUAAAUCUUAACCCUUGAAUUUAACUAUACCUAUGAAGUUGUUUUCAACUUUAGAUGAUCUCACUCCCUUUUGGAGUGUCUGUGCUUUCACAACUGAUGUAAAAUGUAUAUAUAAACAUACAAUUAUAUAUGUAAUUUGGCUGAUUCUUUUUAGAUUUUUUAAAUGUUAUGAUCUCUAGCAUUUUGUGUUA